CUUGCAUCGAAACUAUUCCCUUGUUUGCUUGGACAGAUGACUCCUUCCUAGUAUUUUUGAAGAUCCGGGCGUAUUUCUUCGACCUCAAAGUUGCUGCCUUUGGAUCCGAUGGAAUCACAACCUCCGGGACCUUCUAAUGGGGAUAGCAGCAAUUCAAUCCCAUCUUCUGCCUGUAAUCUGUGCGGAAGAGUCGUCCAAUCUGCUUCCGAUGAUUUUGAAAUCUUCAGCUUAUGUGUCGACUGUAAGUUUUUGUUGCUUGAAGAUUUCGGCACCCCCGCACCUCCCUUGGCUCGGAGGCAGACUAUUAGAAGGAGGAGGAUGAGGAGGAGGACAAGGAGGAGUAGGCACGACAGCUCUGAGUCUGUCGGUGAUCUUUCCACCCAACAGUUCACACACUUGAUAAGCAUGGCAAGACAAAGCCUUUCAACGGUUCAUGCUAGUGAGGAUCAACGUGAUGACCAGCAGCGCACUAGCUCCCAUACCACUCCAAGCGGUUCUACAAGAUGGAGAAUUUUCUCAGAAUCUGAAAGUGAUGAUUUUGACAACUUUGGCGAAACCGAAUCAAACGCUAGUUUUAGCCUCUACAGAUUUCCCCAUGCUGAUAACGAUGCCAUUUCUUUUAGUGCUUACGGUGGAGAAUCUGAUGCUUCCACGGACAGGCAUGCUUUCCUGGAUGCGGAAAUCUUUGUUCAACCAGACGACAGGAGCGACAUUGACUUUGACACUGAUAUAGACCCGAUGCAUGCUGGUCUUAACCAGUGGAACUCAGACGAAGAAGACAGGGAAUGGGAGGAAGGAGCGGGUCCAUCUGGGGUUGCUGGAACACGGUAUAGAAACUAUUUGGCAAGUCCAAGUGAGAGCUACAGCUCCAUGACUCGGUUUGAUUCACCCGAGUUAGAGAGAGGCUUUCGUCAAAGAAUUUUAGAGAGGAGGCAGGGGUUAUCUCGCAACAUCUUCACUGGUUUGGAGGAUUUGGAGUUCUCUCCCUAUGCUGCAAAUGUUGCGGAUUAUCUUGAUGAGAGAGGCUUUGAGGAACUGCUUGAGCAACUUGCUGAGUCUGACAAUUCAAGAAGAGGUGCACCACCUGCAUCUGUGUCAUGCGUCAGGACUCUUCCAAGGGUUAUCAUUGGAGAGGAGCAUGUAAUGAAGGGCUUAGUUUGUGCAAUCUGCAAGGAGCUUUUCACCCUCAGCAAUGAAACCACGCAGCUUCCGUGUCUACAUCUAUACCAUGCUCAUUGUAUCGUACCUUGGCUGAGUGCCCGUAACUCCUGCCCACUCUGCCGUUAUGAGCUCCCAACAGAUGAUAAAGAUUACGAGGACGGAAAGCAUAAUGUGCUGGAUGUGAGCGAGGAUAGCUCCUCUGAUGACGAUGGCACAGAAUCGGGGGAAGAGGAAUAUGUAGAGAGAGGUGAGAGCGACUCUGGUGUGAACAGAGUUAGCAGAGGAAGAUGGCUGUUUCUGGCUGCUGCACCAGUUGUGAGUCUGGUGGGCGUUGUGUUGGCAAUGUGGCUAAGCAACCAACAGAGGAGGGAUAUAGCAAUCUCUCAUAGCCAAAGGGGGAAUAGAACCAGAAGAUGGCUGCCGUUUUUCUGACUGAUGCCCAGAUCCGUAGGUGCCUCCAGAAUCUGUAUUUUUUCAGACCCUUAAAAGAUACUUGAGUUUCAUCUGCUGUUUAUCGACUUGUACUGUUUCCACACGUUAGUUUUAAUUGACGUUUAACUAAAGUUGUGCUGUUUGU